AUGGCGCCCUCGCGGAGAGCAAGCUUGAUCAUCCCUGCCGCUGCCAAGCACACGGCCACCGUCAUCUUUGCCCACGGCCUCGGUGAUACCGGCUAUGGCUGGCAGUCUGCCGUAGAAAACUGGAGACGCCGCCAACGGCUCGACCACGUCAAGUUUAUCCUGCCGCACGCCCCAAGCAUGCCCAUCACGGCCAAUGGCGGCAUGGCAAUGCCUGGAUGGUUUGAUAUUAAGGAGCUCAACGGGACACUUGAGUCUCUGCAGAGAAGUGAGGAUGAGGCUGGUAUCCUGGCCAGCCGCACCUACUUUCACCAGCUGAUCCAGGAAGAGAUUGACGGCGGCAUCUCAGCCAACCGUAUCAUCCUAGGCGGCUUCUCUCAGGGCGGCGCCAUGUCUGUCCUCUCAGGCCUGUCCGCCAACGUCAAGCUCGGUGGCAUCACUCCUAUCUUCAUGGCCCACGGUUCCUUUGACCCUCUUGUCGUGCCUCCGCUGGCCCGGCUGUCCUACGAGAAACUCAAGGAACUCGGCUACGAUGUCACCUUUAAGACUUAUCCCAUGCCUCAUUCGGCCUGCCCGGAGGAGCUCGACGACGUAGAAGACUUUCUUAAGAAGACGCUUCCUGCCAGCAGUUGA